AUGGUGCUGGGCCGCACCAGCGACCGCAUUGAUGAGGUUCCCGCCGAGGACGCCAACCCGGCCGUCAUCGACCCCUCCGCGCCGGAGCAGUCCCUGGCCGAGAUCGCCCGCGACGGCGCCCAGGCCCUGAUCAACCAGCUGCUGACGGCGUGCCCUCUGGCAACGACCAAGGACGGGGUUCUCAUCUCCCUCCCGGAGCCCACGACCCGCAUCCCCCGCGAGAAGCCGGUGCCCGAGGCCAAGCCGCCCACCAAGUGGGAGAGGUUCGCGGCCAAGAAGGGCAUCAAGCCCAAGACGCGCGAGCAGCGCCGCAACCUCGCCUUCGACGACCAGUCGGGCGAGUGGAAGCGCAAGUGGGGCUACGGCGGCCUCAACAAGAAGGGCCAGGACGACCCCAUCGUCGAGAUCGACAUGAAGGCCGAGAGGGAGCGCAAGGCGGGCACCUCGGUCCACCGCGACUCCAGAAGGGAGCGCAAGGAAAACCUCAGGCGCAACGAGAGGAAGAUGAAGAAGAAUGCCAGGCAGGCCAUGGAUGGGAAGAAAUAG